AGAGCGAGCGGCAUGUGCCUUAAGGUGGAAGGCAGGUGGGGGAUUCUGCCUCGGAUGAGCCGGGCGCCUGAGCUCAGCGGCCAGCCCAUGUUCGGGGCCUUCAUAUCUGCAAUUGUAGGGGAUUGAGAUUUGCCAGGACUCAGCCCAGAGCCUUUGCUGCCACACGCCAGGUGGCCUCACUGCUGAAGAGCAAUGAUGGAAUCCGCUGACUCCCUAGACUCCCCGCAGCGAGUUCCUCUGCUCAGCAGGCUCUUCUUCCUCACCCACUUCCUCCUCCUUCUCCAGCCUGGAGAGCCGAAUUCAGAGGAGGUCAGGGUGGUAGGCCCUGGGGAGUCCAUCCUGGCUGUCGUCGGGGAGGAGGUGGAAUUCCCGUGCCACCUGUCACCGUACCAGGACGCCGGGGACAUGGAGAUCCUCUGGUUCCGAAGCCAGGCCUCUGACGUGGUGCACCUGUACCAGGAGGGGCAGGAGCUCCCCGGCCGCCAGAUGGCGCAGUUCCAGAACAGGACCCAAUUCUUCAAGGACGACAUCGUGGACGGCAGCGUGGCGCUGCUCCUCCAAGGCAUCGUCCCCGCAGACCAGGGCCCCUACGGGUGCCGCUUCCUCUCCAGCAACUUCUCCGGGGAAGCCAUCUGGGAUCUGGAAGUUGCAGGGCUGGGCUCGGACCCUCACAUCUCCCUUGAAGGCUUCAAGGAGGGAGGCAUUCAGCUGAGGUGCCGCUCCAGUGGCUGGUACCCCAAGCCCCAGGCUCAGUGGAGAGACCAUCGGGGGCAGUGCCUGCCUCCAGAGACAGAAGCCAUCGUCCAGGACACCUGGGGCCUCUUCAAUCUGGAAACAUCUGUGGUUGUCCAAGGGGGGACCCACAGGAAUGUGUCCUGCUCCAUCCAGAACACCCUCCUGAUCGAGAAGAAAGAGUUCAUGGUCCAGAUAGCAGACGUGUUUUUACCCGGACCCUCCCCCUGGAAGGGAGCUCUGCUGGGGACCCUGGUGGCGCUGCCGCUCCUCCUGGCUCUCCUCGCGGCGCUGUCGCUGUUCUUCGUCCGGAAGCACCGCAGGUCGCGAGAAAAGCUCCGGAAACAGGCAGAGAAGGACAAAGGUGAGGGGGAAGGGGCGCGACCCCGCCCACAUCCCUGCGGGCCCUGCUGGGCUGGAAAGCGAGCACUCAGCCCUGAGGCCGGGAGGCGGGCAGCUCUGCGCUUCCCCUGCUUCGGAGCCUCGCCUCCCGCGCGUUGCGCCCACGCGGAGGGGCCGGGUCUUUGCACCUCGGGGGAGCGAGGCCUGUGUGCUCACCCAGAUUUUCCUCUUUUCUUCGUCUCUUCUCCAGGGAAACUCAGAGCAGAAUUGGAGAAGCUUCAGACAGAGCUUGACUGGAGAAGGGCUGAAGGCCAGGCUGAGUGGAGAGCAGCCCAACAAUAUGCAGUGGACGUGACCCUGGACCCGGCCUCGGCGCACCCCAGCCUGCAAGUCUCGGAGGACGGCAGGAGCGUGUCCUCGCGCGCGGCUGCGCCGGGCCCGGCGGCGGGCGGCCCGCAGAGCUUCUCGGAGCAGACGUGCGUGCUGAGCCGCGAGCGCUUCUCGGCCGGCCGCCACUACUGGGAGGUGCACGUGGGCCGGCGCAGCCGCUGGUUCCUGGGCGCCUGUUUGGCCGCGGUGCCGCGCGCGGGCGCGGCGCGCCUGAGCCCGGCCAGCGGUUACUGGGUGCUGGGGCUGUGGAACGGCUGCGAGUACUUCGUGCUGGACCCGCACCGCGUGGCGCUCCGCGUGCGCGUGCCGCCCCGGCGCGUGGGCGUCUUCCUGGACUGCGACGCGGGGAGGCUGGCCUUCUUCAACGUGUCUGACGGCUCCCACAUCUUCACCUUCACCGACACCUUCUCGGGGGCGCUCUGCGCCUACUUCAGGCCGCGCGCUCACGACGGCAGCGCGCACCCGGAUCCCCUCACCAUCUGCCCGUUGCCGGCUAGAGGCACUCGCGUCCCCGAAGAGAACGACAGUGACACCUGGUUACAGCCCUAUGAGCCCUCGGACCCCGCCUGGGGCCUGUGGUGAGGCACUGUCCUGGCCGCAGGACGGGGUCCUGAGUACCCGGCCAGGGCCCUGCUCUGCCGCUCCCUCUAGGGCACAGGGAGCGUCGCGGGAAUGUCGGCAAAGGCUAACGGCUCAGAGCAGCAGGAAGGGGACAGAGGGGGACCUUUGCUGAGUAGGGGUGUAGUGUAUGUAUAUGAUUUCUUUAAGUAAAAGAGGCAAUUCCAAAGCUCGUUUGUGUGUAACAGGACUGA